UAUAAGAAAAAUUCCAUGCCCCCCGCAAUCUCUCCCCAAAAUUUCUCAUCUCAAUUCAUCCCCACCUCAGCAUUGCUCCCCCUUUCUCUCAUCUGCAUAUCCUCUUCAUUUCCCCUUCUUCUCAUCUCUGCGCCUCCGCGUUUCGGUUCGUCAAUGUUCACGUAGACACACGUAAUCAAUCAUGGGUCAGCAGGAAUUGAUCUACAGUUUCGUCGCCAGAGGCACCACCAUUUUGGCUGAGUACACUGAAUUCAAAGGGAAUUUCACCUCCGUCGCCUCCCAGUGCUUGCAGAAGCUUCCCGCUUCCAGUAACAAAUUCACUUACAACUGCGAUGGACACACCUUCAAUUACCAUGUUGAAAAUGGAUUCACCUAUUGUGUUGUUGCUGUUGAAUCUACUGGUAGGCAACUUCCCAUUGCUUUUCUUGAGCGUGUUAAGGAAGAUUUCAACAAAAGAUAUGGAGGGGGCAAAGCUGCAACUGCAGGCCAAAAUAGCCUCAACAAAGAGUUUGGCCCCAAACUGAAAGAGCAUAUGCAGUACUGUGUCGAUCACCCUGACGAAGUGAACCAACUUGCUAAGGUUCAGUCUCAGGUUUCUGAAGUCAAAGGUGUUAUGAUUGAAAAUAUCGAAAAGGUUCUUGAUCGAGGGGAGAAGAUCGAAUUGCUUGUUGACAAAACUGAGGAUCUUAGGUCACAGGCCCAGGAUUUUAAAGCAAAAGGUACCAAGCUGAAGAGGCAAAUGUGGUUUGAGAAUAUGAAGAUCAAGCUGAUUGUGCUUGGCAUCUUGCUGCUUAUAAUUCUCGUCAUCUGGGUUUCGGUCUGCCACGGCUUCAAAUGUUAAUGCAAAUAUAUAUGCAGCAUACACUGCAUUUUUUAGACGAGUCUUUUCUUUUGGCCUGCAACUUGAGAUUUGCUCUGAUUCAGAGAUGAAAUAUAGGUGAUUAGUAGCAGACAAGUUUUUUGCCGAUGAUCAUUACUUGUUUCCAGAGAGUUUCUUGCUGUAUUUUUUGGUUCUUGUUUAAAUUCCCUUUCAUCUCUGUUGCCCUCUUUGUUUCAUGUCUCUUAUUUAUUUUAUUGCAAUGUGAUUUUUUAUCUCA